AAAGUCCAAUUUUAACCGUGUCAUUCGCGUUUCAAUCUAGGUCGAUACAAAUUUGCAGGUUAAGUACAAAUAUUACGCUCGCUCCCAUCGAAUUCAUAGUAAAAUCCAUGGGAGUUGGAUAUUAUACAAUCAGAAACUCAUAAUUUUAUUGUAAGUGCGUCCGAAUCGAAAGCGGCAGCGUACACAUCUUGACAGUUCUAAAAAUGACACCGGGUUAUGUGACAGUAGUCAAAUUCUUGUGAUGUUUGCGUGGUCCCUAGCCUGGGUAAAAUGGUGACCAUAUGUCGGACAGUUUCGUGGAGUUUUGCGGGCAACAGACGUUUCAGUUUCUUCUCAGCGGAAUAUAUUUUUAGCCACGAGAAUAUAAAAAAAACGGCGGCCAAAUUCUCAAGCUUGAAGCCCGUAAGGAUGAUCGCUCACCAGCCGGCGAAGCGAGCAGCUGUUUUGAUCCCGCUUUGCGUUAUCGACGACAAGGUGUCGCUACUGUACACUUUACGAGCGGCCAAUUUAAAAUUGCAUCGAGGUCAAGUGAGUUUUCCGGGGGGCAUGCAGGACGUCACGGACAAAAGCAUGGAGGAGACCGCCCUCAGGGAGACCCACGAAGAAUUGGGGAUUAACGAAAGUGACGUUGAAAUUUGGGGAAGAGGUUGUGAAAUCGUGACGCGACACGAAACGGGCGUCACGCCGGUGAUUGGGCGAAUUAAAAGCCAUUUCAGGUUCGGUGACUUAAAAGUGAAUCCUUCGGAGGUGGAAGACGUCUUCGCCGUGCCGUUGGAGGACUUGUGCGACCCGGAACGUAUUAAGUAUACGCAAUUCCGAAGCGGAUUUCUUUCGAUGCCGGUAUUUUUGGGAGGCAAAAGGAAAAUCUGGGGUCUCACCGCUUUGAUGACUAACCGGUUUUUGCAGUCGCUGCUGCCCCAGAAUGCGUACUCUCAUGGUAUAAAAUUUAUCCCAUCCGUCAAAGUGGUCAAAAAUCAUAAUUGAUGUUUCGGUAAUAUAUGAGAUUUUAAACGUUAAUUUCGCAAUAAUUUUUUUCUUUCCGUGUUAUUGCGCUAGGUAUUAUGCAAGUACACAUAUAAUGCCUGUAGAAAAAUUGCUCAUGACUCAUAACACGGUUGUUUUUACAGGGAUAAAAAUAUCUGUAUAUGUGAACAACAUUAAAAGGUAAAAUUGUACUGUGCUUUAAUUUUAAUUUGAAUAAACUUUG